AUGGCUGUCAUGUCUGUGAAAGAUACAGUUAUGCAAGGAUUACGAGAAUGCUAUGACACAAACCGCUACACUGACGUCAUAGUGCAAGUUGGAGAUCAAUCCUUUCACUGUCAUCGGAUCGUGCUAUCGGCCAUAUCGAAGUUCUUCGACGCUAUGUACUCGUCCGGAAUGAGGGAAUCCAGGGAGGACAGGGUGUCCCUAAAAGACAUCACACCGUCCGUGUUCAAACUUAUCAUUUCAUAUGUGUACAAAGAUACCAAUAUCCUCACUGAACACAAUGCGGAAGACCUCUUCAAAGCGUCCUCUCUCCUACAGAUCCACUCGCUACUGAGAGAGUGUGAGAUAUUCUUGGAAAAUAAAAUGAACACAGAAAACUGUUUGGGGAUUUGGAAGCUAGCCCGAGCUUUUCAUAGUGCUUCUGUCGAGGCCAAGUGCUGGACAUUUAUACAAAAUCAUUUUGAAGAAGUCCGUUUGACUGAUGAAUUCGUACGGCUUGAACUUGACGAACUUUGUGAGAUUAUCAAAUCAGAUGAUUUAGUGGUGAUUCGGGAGGAAAAUGUGUGUGACUCUGUGUUACGCUGGGUCAACGCUGAGGAGGAGGAGAGGAAGUUUUGUGUGGAAAAGUUGGUUUCUCUCCUCAGAUUAACACUUGUCAGUUUAGAAUAUCUAUUAGACAAACUGGAUCCGCUGGAGUUGAUUCGUUCAAACGACACUUGUAUCAAUCUUGUCAGACAAGCCGUGAAGCUACACGCUAUCCCAGCUCGCCAAAACGAACAAUGCCAUCUUUUACAGCCAGCAAGGAAGAGUUCGGACAAGGAGACAGUACUAACAGUAUUAGGUCGGCGUCUAAAGGAGAAUGGCGAGAGGAUCACGGAAUUCAUUGCCUACAGCUUUGCUCAACAAAAAUGGUAUUCACUUCAUCCAACACCUCCAGACACGGGCGAGGAGUUCGCAACGUGUUGCUAUGGUGAAGACUUGUUCAUUACGGGCGGCACCAACAAAUUGAAUGGCUGCUUCUAUUUCUCGUCAAAGAUAUCCAGGUGGCGUAGCCGGGCUGCCUUGAUUUCUGGGCGUUACCGUCAUUGCAUGGUGUCUGUGAAAGGUUCACUGUAUGUUUUAGGAGGCUACAAUGCCGGGACAAUGAAGAGUAUCGAAGAGUACGAUAUUCGGAACGACAUCUGGAGACAAGUUGGUGACCUUCACACGGGUGUUGAUGCCUCGUGUGCUGUUGCCAUAGGAAACAAUAUCUAUACGUUUGGAGGAUGGCUUGGAUGCGACAAAGAAACUGCAGCAAUUCAGUGCUUCAAUACUGAAACAUACUCAUGCACGCAUGUCAGCAACCUUCCCAGCCCUGGCAAAUUCACCAGGGCAGUUGCCUGCGGCAGUAGCAUCCAAGUUUUGUGUUCAGAAGGCAAAUUAAUGUCUUAUACAGGAAAUGGACCGACCAAGCUCAUUGGAAAGAUCCCAAAUUUUGACCGGAAACACUUCAGUAUGAUACACGACAAUGACGACAGUACGAGACUUCUAGUUUUAGGUGGGGACGACACCUAUCAGCACGUACCACAGAUGUCUCACGAGGACACACCCCACCGAGACAUUUACACUAUAACUGGUGACGACAUGUCCAUGUGUACAAACCGGAAGUUCCCUGUCGUGAUGGGAGUUGAGGGCUGUUUCUAUAUGUUAAUCAAUAAGCGAGAGUUCCACACAGACUAUGAGAAAAUGCUGAUCGAGUUUGACGUUUGA